AUGGCUGUUUCUUUAACCAGCUCUCGUUCGAUUAUCGAGAUUCACAAUCUUUUGGUGUGUGAUAUUUGUAAGAAGACCAUCAGCGAGCCGAAGACUUUGUCUUGCUCUCAUUCAUUCUGCAAGACCUGUGUCGAGAACCUGUCGACACAAGACGAAGAUGUCGAUGACGAAUGCAAGAAGUUAGUCUGCCCGACCUGCAAAACCACAACCACAUUGAAACCAGACGAAACAGUCUCUUCAUUGCCAGACAGUAAAUUUAUCGCUGAGCUGCUAACUGCUGUUGGACCAGAUCGAAACGAAGAGACUUCAUUAUGUUCUUACUGUCACAAAGAAACCUCCAUUGCAACGUGCAUGGAUUGUGGAAUGAUAUUCUGCCAUACGUGUCACGGAUUUCAUGAUACGUGGCCGGCUAAUAAAAGCCAUAAUCUGCUGUCUCUAAGCGAAAUUAUAAAUCGUGACGAGCAAAAGCAGAUUGUGGCAGACACGUUACGCUGCACUGCCACUGGUCACGAGACUGCAAUUCCGGAAUUUUAUUGUGAAACAUGCAAGGAACUGAUUUGCAUAAAAUGUGUUGCAUCCGUGCACACGAAACCAGGACACACCUGCAUUGCGACUCACGAGAUUUAUGUAAAGCAACAAGAGGCUCUUAGGAAAAAAUGCGCCACUAUUAGCGAAAUGUUAGCAGAAGAAAACAAGGCGUUAGAAACGUUCAAAGAAACCAAGGUAACUUAUGAGAAAAACGCGAAAGAUAUCAAAGUUAAACACGCCGCUCAGAAAGAUGAAAUGAUGAAAAUUAUUGAAGAAGGCUUUGACAAAGUUUUGGAAAAAAAAUUAGAAGAAGUCGAUCAAGUCUUCAAUCCCGCUUGUGAAAAGCUUUCUUCCCAAAUUGAAAUGAUAUCAAAUUACGUGGAAAAAGUUGAAAAGUCACUUCAGCGUACAAAUGAUGUGUUGGAAAAUUCGAAGCUUGAAGAAUUGUUGUCAGCGCAGAAAAUUAUCGAUGAUGAUAUUCGAAUGCUGCGAUAUUUAUCAUCGUUCCAGGUCCAGCAAGCUGACACGGAGUCCUGUAUGGAAAUGCCUCGUUUUUAUGAAACAAUCAAGGAAUUAGCAGUGACUUAUGCAGAUGCUAUGCCAGACACAGUGAUCCUGAAGAAAGAAAAGAAACUUUUCGAACAGUUGUUAAGUUUUCUUCACGAAAAGAAGUCGCCAUUGAAGCUUUGCUACAGAGCGUCACUCCAUGGUUGGCAGAGCCAGAAGUUUCAUCAGUUGUGUGAUGGUAAAACAGGAACAGUAGUUUUGGUCAAAGUUGGAACCUGGAUCUUUGGUGGAUACACUGAUCAAACUUGGAAUGGUCAGUAUGCAAUAUAA